CAUCAGCCCCACGUCCUGAGUACAAGCCUUUCCGAACCUGCUGCCAAAGAGCUAGAGACCUCACUCACAGGCAUGGCAGCUGUGAUCCCGGAGAACCGACUCCUGAGCAGAAAAUUCUCAGACUUUGGGCAGGAAACAAGUUAUAUUGAAGACAACUCCAAUCAAAAUGGUGCCGUAUCACUGAUAUUCUCACUCAAAGAGGAAGUGGGAGCUCUAGCCAAGGUCCUGCGCUUAUUUGAGGAGAACGAUAUCAACCUGACGCACAUUGAAUCCAGACCAUCUCGUUUAAACAAAGACGAGUAUGAGUUUUUCACCUAUCUGGAUAAACGUAGCAUGCCUGCCCUGGGCAGCAUCAUCAAGAGCCUGAGGCAUGACAUUGGUGCCACUGUCCACGAGCUUUCCAGAGACAAGGAAAAGGACACAGUGCCCUGGUUCCCAAGGACCAUUCAAGAGCUGGACAGAUUUGCCAAUCAGAUUCUCAGCUAUGGAGCCGAGUUGGAUGCAGACCACCCAGGCUUUAAGGACCCUGUGUACCGGGCACGACGAAAGCAGUUUGCUGACAUUGCCUACAAUUACCGCCAUGGGCAGCCCAUCCCUCGGGUGGAGUACACCGAGGAGGAGAAGAACACCUGGGGAAUGGUGUUCAGGACCCUAAAGGCCUUGUACAAAACACACGCCUGCUACGAGCACAACCACAUCUUCCCACUUCUGGAAAAGUACUGCGGUUUCCGUGAAGACAACAUUCCCCAGCUGGAAGACGUUUCUCAGUUUCUGCAGACUUGUACUGGCUUCCGCCUCCGACCUGUUGCUGGUUUACUGUCCUCUCGAGAUUUCUUAGGUGGCCUGGCCUUCCGAGUCUUCCACUGUACACAGUACAUUAGGCAUGGAUCUAAGCCCAUGUACACACCUGAGCCUGACAUCUGCCAUGAGCUGUUGGGACAUGUGCCCUUAUUUUCAGAUCGCAGCUUUGCCCAGUUUUCUCAGGAAAUUGGGCUCGCUUCUCUGGGGGCACCUGAUGAGUACAUCGAGAAACUAGCCACAAUCUACUGGUUUACUGUGGAGUUUGGGCUCUGCAAGGAAGGAGAUUCCAUAAAGGCAUAUGGUGCUGGCCUCCUGUCAUCCUUUGGAGAGCUACAGUACUGCUUAUCAGAUAAGCCAAAGCUCCUGCCCCUGGAGCUGGAGAAGACAGCCUGCCAGGAGUACAACGUCACAGAGUUCCAGCCCCUGUACUACGUGGCCGAGAGCUUCAAUGAUGCCAAGGAGAAAGUGAGGGCUUUUGCUGCCACAAUCCCUCGUCCCUUCUCGGUUCGCUAUGAUCCCUAUACCCAAAGGGUUGAGGUCCUGGACAACACUCAGCAGUUGAAGAUUUUGGCCGACUCCAUCAAUAGUGAGGUUGGAAUCCUUUGCGGUGCCUUACAGAAGAUAAAGUCAUGAACAGAAAGUGAUGUCAUGGGCAGAAGUUGGGAGGUCAACCAAAAAUCUGUUGAUAGAAAUAAUAAUAACUGCCUCUUUCCUCCGAAGACAAAAGCUUUAGUUUGAAAUGUCAGCCGUUAUUACUUUUUCUAACACGCUGUAACAUCACCCAAUGAAUAAAAGCUCUCUGAAAUGAAAGUAUAUUACCCCCACAGUGAUAGCUCUUUCAGAGUCAUGUUUGAUUUAAACAUCUCAUACCUUCAAUUUAGUUCAAAUGUAAUUUCUCACCUCUCAUUAACAUUGAUCAGAUUUGUGACCCGUAAUCAUUCAGGCUUCAUCAACUCAUUUUUACCUUCCAGGCAAGCCCUAAUGGAAUACAUAUGGCUAAGCGUAAACCAUAACUCAUCAGGAAUGGAUUGUUCAGUUCAGUACAGAUCUUAAUCUACAAAUCUUUGGUUCUACUUUCAUUCACUAUGGCUCUGAGGACUGCUUUGCUAUCCUGCCUGCGUAAAUCUCCUCUGAUUUGAGACUCUAUCCAGAGAGUUACAAGCAAUAAAGCUUAAGAGCAUAUAUAAAA